AGAACACUGCACUGUCAACAAAAACACGCACGUGUGUCGUCAACAGUAGAGUUCGUCGUUCCUCGUCUCAUCGAUCAGUCGACGGCAAGAAUGGCGGUCACCGAGCUCAACACCAUCAGGUCGCGAGCGCCGGCCGUCGUCCUCGUCGGCCUGCUCCUCGCGACGUGCCUGUUGCUCUUGCUCGCGGCGACGGUCGCGAAUGCCAGCAGGCCGUUGAAGGUGUCGUACGACGACGGUGCGCAGCAUACGGUGGAGUCGCCGCCGGUGGUGGGUUACAUCCAGACGGUGGUGGUCGGGACCACCGCGGAGGCGGAGCAAGACGGCGGUGCUGCAGCAGGCCACAGGUUGAUGAACGUCGACAUGCUAGGCGGGAUCAAGGACUCCGGCCCGAGCCCCGGCGUCGGCCACUAGCUAGCUAGGCGCCGACGCGCCCGUACGCCGCCGGGAGCGACAUGCAUGCCGGCUGGAGGAUCACUGUGUGCUUCCUGGUUUCAGUCAGAGAGAGAUCAUAGACUUCAAUAAAUUAUAUAUGUCGAUCAUCGGUUCUUGCAUGCAUGCUGGACAGGACUUACGCUGGACUAGUAAGCAGGGGGUUUGAUAUAUUAUUCAAAGACAGGUUUAUUUUGUUCUUUAUAUAUGCAAAUUAUUACAAAUUAAGGUUUGCGUAGUGCUUGUAAUAGCUGGUAAAAGUUGUAGGAGUAUAUAAGUAGCAACUAGUAGUGCAUGAAACUGGUAUCUUGUAUUUGUAUACGUGCCUUGUUUCAGGUGCAUACAACAUGAGCUUAAUUUGUAUUUGCAUACAUAUAUA